GAAUUUUCACCACGCUGUUGUUUUGAGUGUAGUCUAGACAUGUCUGAAAUUCAGGAAAGCGGUCUAGACUGGGGAUAUGCAAUUGGGAGUCCCUGGCUCACACAGAGUAUUUAAAGCCAUAAAACUGGAUGAGGUCACCUAAAAGUGAAUUGAGACGGAGAAAAGACGAGGAAGGAAGCCUGGGCCCUGGGAAUUCUAAAAUUAGAAAGAUGGCAGAGGAGGGGAAACAGCAAAGGAGCCUGAGGGAGAAUGAUCAGGGAGGCAGGAGGAAAACCAAGAAAGAGUGGUGCACUGGAAAUCAAAGUAAAGAAAAUGUAUUCAAGGGAGGGAGACAGCAGCCAUCAAGUGCUGCUGCUUGUCACCUCUGAUGGGGACUGAAAUUCACCAAUGGAUUUGGCAGCUGAAUGGAGGUCGCCAAUGAAGUGUACAGGAUUUGUUUUGGUGGGAUAAUGGAGGCAGAGCCUGACAGAAGUGAGUUUUACAGAAAAAUGGAAAAGAGAAUUGGAGAGAAGGUAACAUACAAAUCCUGAGUAAUUUUGAUGCAAAGGUUGCAGAGAAUUGGGGAAUUGGGGCAGUAGAUGACAGCAAAAUUAGCAAAAUCUCUCUCAGUCCCUGCAGAUAAUUGGAUAACAAAUCUUGUCUCUAAUUCUACUUCUUUUAGCAUUAUUUUCCUCCAUGUCUGUGUCAUUAUCCUGAGGGUUUUCACCUGCUUCUAUGUUAUUGCUCCCCUGACCUAUGACCUGGCAUCUCACUGUUACUACCCUACCUAUCUCACCCCGUUAUGACCGUAUUGCCACCCCCCUAUUUCCACAGCAUCUUCCUGCUCCCUUACUCCUGCCAGGACUCUCUCUCCAAAACAUACCAUUUGUGAUGUCAUUACUCUAAGCUGGUUUAAAGUCUUCAGAUGGCUUCUCAAAUACAGAUUAGUUGUUGCUCCUAAGUAGGCUGGAGCUUUAACAACACAGAGAGUAAUGCGGGUAAACCGGGCAGGGAGAGAGGACACGAGAACGACAUUGUGCGAUGGGGCUAGCCUGCCAGGUGGGGCUGCUGCCAGACUUACAGUGUCCAGGUCAUGCAGGACGUUUCUCCACAUCAGGACCUUCCAGUCGUCAAGGCCUGACUUUAUAGAAACCCUUGAAACACUCAUCAGACAAGCAGAGAAUUACACCAGCAUACUUUUCUGCAACACCUACAGGAACAUGGCCUUGGAGGCUGCUGCUUCCAUCCAGGAGUUCUUCACUGACGUCGGGCUCUUUUUAUUUGGUGCGGAUGUUAAUCCUGAAGAAUUUGUAAACAGAUUCUUUGACAGUCUUUUCCCUCUAGUCUACAAUCAUCUCAUUAACCCUGGGGUGACUGACAGUUCCCUGGAAUACUCGGAAUGCAUCCGGAUGGCCCGCCGGGACAUUGGUCCGUUUGGUAAUAUUCCCCAAAGAGUCCUGGGGCAGAUGGGGCGAUCGCUGCUGCCCAGCCGCACGUUUCUGCAGGCGCUGAAUCUGGGCAUUGAAGUCAUCAACACCACAGACCACCUGCGCUUCUCCAAAGAGUGCAGCAGGGCGCUCCUGAGGAUGCAGUACUGCCCUCACUGCCAGGGCCUGACGUUCAGUAAGCCAUGCAUGGGCUACUGCCUCAACGUCGUGAGAGGCUGCUUGGCACACGUGGCAGAGCUUCACCCACACUGGCACACGUACAUCCAGUCGUUGGAAGAGCUGUCGGAUGCCAUGCAUGGGACAUACGAUGUUGAACAUGUGCUCCUGAACUUCCACUUGCUCGUUAAUGAUGCUGUGAUGCAGGCUCACCUUGAUGGACAGACAAUAUUGGAACAGGUGUAUAAGAUUUGUGGCCGUCCAGUCAGAAAACCCACACAAAGCCCCCGCUGUUCUUUUGAUGGGAGCAAAGAGAAGCAUGGAAUGAAGAUCUCCACAAGAAACGGUGAAGAGACACUUGCCAACAGAAGAAAAGAAUUUAUCAACAGCCUUCGACUGUACAGAACAUUCUACGGCGGCCUGGCUGAUCAGCUCUGUGUUAAUGAAUUAGCAGCUGGUGAUGGACGGCCAUGCUGGAGUGGAGAAGAUAUAGUCAAAAGCUAUACUCAACGUGUGGUUGGAAAUGGAAUCAAAGCCCAGUCUGGAAAUCCUGAAGUCAAAGUCAAGGGAACGGAUCCGGUGAUAAAUCAGAUUAUUGAUAAACUGAAGCAUGUUAUUCAGUUGUUACAGGGUAGGUCACCCAAACCCAACAAGUGGGAACUUCACACGGGCAGUGGCGGCGGCGUGGAUGAACAGCUCAGCGGGGACUGUGAUGAUGAAGAUGGUUGCGGGGGAUCGGGAAGUGGAGAAGUCAAGAGGACACUAAAAAUCACAGACUGGAUGCCAGAGGAGAUGAACCUCAGUGAUGUAAAGCAAAUCCAUCAAACAGACGGUGGUGGUACCUUAGACACAGCUGGAGCAGGAUGUACAGCGGCAACUGAAACGAUGGCAUUGACUCUGAUGGGCGCACUGAUGUUACUUCCUGGGCUUUGGUAACUGAACUCUUCUGCCCUGAUACAUACAUCUGGUUGGAGUCUUGAUUUAUCUCCUCUCUUCCUCUGAGUGGGACAAGAGACCUUUCUGACCAUAACAAUUAUAUUUACAAAAAGGUAUGUCACCCUAACUUCUCUGAAGCCAAGUUGGAAUGUUCACACAAAGUAUUGAAAACUCAACGUUCAAAUGAUAGACUGAAAACAUGCCUUCUUUGACUCUAACUUAAACGUUCUUAAAUCCUAACAUCUUAAACCUGCAAAUGUGAAGAGCACAAAGUGACUCUGAGUAAGAAGGAUGUAGUAUAUCUGUAAUUUUAUUACCCUCCAUCCCAACCUCUUCCCUGCUAAAAGAAAGAUGUUUUAAAUUGAAGGUGUAUUUGCAGGACAAUGAAAACAGUGCAUAGUGUUUCCUAAAAUAUUGGAAUUCGAAUUUCAUUACAUCAAUCAAAGCAAACAAUGGCAAGUCGUACGCAUGCAUUUUCAAGAGAUUCUUCCAUUUUUGCAAGCUAUAGAAAGAAGUCACUGAAAGCCUGUAAGUUAUAGAGUAGAUUGCUGGGGAACAUUUCAUGUAAUUUCAUUAAAGAAGCUUGGUAAUUUUUAUCCACUGUAAAUUAGCCACUGACUAAAGCUGAGUAUUUUGAUAGCAUCUGAUUUGUAUCCCAUUAUAUACAAAAAUGCAUCUUUGGUAUUGUGGCUCUGUUCUCUCCUCUCCCUUUGCCUAAUGGAUUUAGCUAUAUUGCAUAGCACACACCUGCUAAGGGAAUAUCUCUAAUAAAGCUGUUAAUCAUUU